UGGGCGCGGCGGCCCGACUGUCUCGGCAGCGGCGGAGGAGCACCGUGCGGCGCCACGAUGGGGGCCCAGCUGAGCACGUUGGGCCACGUGGUCCUGUCCCCAGUCUGGUUCCUCUACAACCUGCUCAUGAAGCUGUUCCAGCGCUCAGCCCCGGCCAUCACCCUUGAGAGCCCGGACAUCAAGUACCCGCUGCGGCUCAUCGACAAGGAGGUGAUCAGCCACGACACCCGGCGGUUCCGCUUCGCCCUGCCGUCGCCCCAGCACAUCCUGGGCCUCCCCGUCGGCCAGCACAUCUACCUCUCAGCUCGGAUCGAUGGAAACCUGGUCAUUCGGCCCUACACGCCCGUCUCCAGUGAUGACGACAAGGGCUUUGUGGACCUGGUCAUCAAGGUUUACUUCAAAGACACCCAUCCCAAGUUCCCUGCUGGAGGGAAGAUGUCCCAGUACCUGGAAAACAUGAAGAUUGGCGACACCAUUGAGUUCCGGGGCCCGAACGGGCUGCUGGUCUACCAGGGCAAAGGAAAGUUUGCCAUCCGUCCAGACAAGAAGUCCAGCCCCGUCAUCAAGACAGUGAAGUCGGUCGGCAUGAUCGCUGGCGGGACGGGCAUCACCCCGAUGCUGCAGGUGAUCCGCGCCAUCAUGAAAGACCCACAUGACCCCACUGUGUGCCACCUUCUGUUUGCCAACCAGACUGAGAAGGACAUCCUGCUGCGGCCCGAGCUAGAGGAACUGAGGAACGAACAUUCUGCUCGCUUCAAGCUCUGGUACACUGUGGACAAAGCCCCUGAAGCCUGGGACUACAGCCAGGGCUUCGUAAAUGAAGAGAUGAUCCGGGACCACCUUCCGCCCCCGGAGGCGGAGCCGCUGAUACUGAUGUGCGGCCCUCCGCCCAUGAUCCAGUAUGCCUGCCUGCCCAACCUGGACCGCGUGGGCCACCCCAAGGAGCGCUGCUUCGCCUUCUGAGGGCCGGGCCCUGGCUGCUUGCACGCCCGUCCCGCGUACUCACUGUGCCCUGUCCACACUCACGCCUGCCACUGUUCUGUAACAUCACUUCCUUCUCCCACAUCUCAUGCUGUGGCCCCGGGCUCAGCCUAGCCUGCCUGUGCUGGGCUGGGUAUCCCGCUGAGCUCCCCCAGGGACCCCUUUGGGAGCAGGGUUCUCCUACACGUGGGCCGCCGCUGGCCACGUUCUGGGGCGGGUUCCUGUCUGGCCCUCAUCGUUCUCACCAGGGAUGCUGGGCGGGGCCCCGGCCCUCCCCUCCCUCCACCUCACCCACCCACACACUACUAGGCCAAGAAAGGGCUGCCAGCGCCAUGCUCCGCCCACCCCUCCCAGGGCCGACCACAGUCUGCAAAUAAACACAAACGUACAGGCAGCCCAGAGCGGCAGGUGCCAGGGAUGCCCCAGCCACUGCCUCCGGACCCUCACCAGCCACCCCUCACUGCCUGCUCAGGGCCGUGGCCAGGCCUCAGCACCUGACACUACAUGACAGGUAACACCCAAAAGUCCUCUGGGCAGGGGCCGUGGGGUUGGGAGUCUGCACCUCUACCCCAGGACCCAGGCAGGCCCCAGCCAGCAAGGAGCUGGUCCCCCUACCAUCCCACCCCACCCCCGCAGGAUGGAGUAGGAGGCGGGGCCUGGCCAAGGGCUCCUCUGGUGGGCACGAGGGCCCUCUGGAAGCCUCUGCAUCUUCCCCAAAACACCGGAGCGUUCAGGCAGCUCUGGGCGUUCCCAGCUGUCAGGCCAGCAGUCUGGUGGCCCGCCUCGGGCCCUGGGCCGCCAGCGCUGAUGGAGGAGCUAAGACAUGUGUAUUUAUUCCUCUGUCCCAGAGCCACGCCUCCUGCUGCCUGCACCCCGGCAGAGGGGAGGUCUCGUCUGAGCAGCAUUCUCAGUGACCUCGAUGUUGCCUUUAGACAAGGGUGGGUUUGCCUCUUGCGUAUGGGCUUUUUCAGAACCAUUUAUGAGCAGAAAAAAACGUUAAAAUAAAACUUUGCUACUACUAA